GGUCCCUGUUUGCACUGCUUUGGGGGAUAUGGAAUGCUCCAUGUUGUAUGGGUCCCCGGUCGCUCGGUUUCCAGUACGUCUCUACGUCACUGAGCCUCUCAGGCUCGUUGGCUGACGUCGCUGGGCAGUGCUGGUCUCCAAGUCGGAAGCGCCACACGAGGAGGAUUAACGGCAUGCAACAAAGUCCCGAUGGCAAUAUCUAUACUCCCCCAGUCCCAGUCUUUGACCCCUUGUGUUUGUUUGAUGAUGGGUUUAUUUAGCCCAGAAACAUUUCAGCUCAUGACGUAGCUAGUUCGGUUUCAUUCCGGUGACUGGGGAACCUCAAGCAACAGCGGUGCCAAAGAAUCAUGUACCAUAAUUGGCAUGGUGGCAGUGACAUGCUUGUCAAUUGACGCAAAAACGUCAAAUAUCUUGCUGUGGUUGGUAGCUAGGCGAGAGAUAUGCGUUUACCCCUGACACAACACUUAACCUUAUCAAUGGCUGGAGCUGAUACAUCAGUCUGGCGCAGAACCUUUCCAACUCAAAGCCGCAUAAUCUCCAUAGUGAACACUGUAGCGGCAGGUUAUUGGAUGUUCGGCACGACAACAGGAAAGCACCCUUUAUGCCUAUAAAGCUUGGUG